UAUUUGGUUCAUGUGUAUGAGAGCCGCAUUAAUCAAUUUUAUUCAUCCAGAUCUUGUAAAGUUUUGAUAUUUUUUUUUUUGUAAUCCCCAUAAUCAAUUAUUAUACUACUGGUACUAAUUUUUGCAUCGCCAGAUCCGAUAUUAUUCUUCUGACGUUGCUUUCAUUUUACACCAAAAAGAAAAAAAAAACUUUGACUGUAAGCAGAGCUCGCCGGCGAUUUGUUUGUGAGUUUCCGGUGUAUUUUGAAGAUUCAUUUGUGGGUUUGCUUUCAUCAGCUUUGAAUUUUAUGAAAUGGGUUGAUUUUGGUUUUCCUGAAGUUUUUGCAGGUUAUCUGUGUAGUUGGUGUUCAGGAAGUGAUUUGUUUUUCUUAGCUUUAGUUGGCCGUAGUUCUCUAAAGGUGGUUAUUCUGGUAUUGAGAGCUUCAACAUUCUCAAAAUUGGAUAAAGAUUCUUUUUUUUUGUAGUUUCUUUUGGUUUUGGGGAUUGUGGUUUUGAAGCCAUAUCCUAGUGACAUUAGUUGUUCUAGAAAACCCCAUGUUGUUCUAGAGAUUGCUAGACAUUUGAGAAGCUAUGUCUUCUUUUUCACCUAAAGAUCCUUCCGUGCUGUCCUAUCCAAAGUCACUAUUGUCUAUUGUAACUACAGUAGGAGGUCUUGCUGUGUUUUUGAUUCUUGCUUCCUCAUUUCUGGUUUCUCAGCCUAUUGGGGCUGCAGUCCAUGAGUAUUUUUAUGGUGUUCAUCAGUUGACAAGGCCUAAUUUAUUAGAUGGGGAUAGGGUAAAAUUUGCUGAUCCUCGUCGUGAUAAUGUUGGUAUUAAUGGUACACCUAACUUUAAUUUGACGGCGAAGGAAAACAAUGAAAAAGGACUUAAGGAUGAAAAGGACCAGACUUACAAGUCUCAAGACGAAAAGAAAGAGCUAGAUUCUAAGGGGGAACUAGUUGAAAAUUCUACCCAAAUACCUGUUUUGUCAGAAUCCAAUCAUUCUGUGGUUCAACCACAUCCUGUAUCAAAGCAAGAAGACAAGAAGAGUAACAAUGUUAGUUCGCAGAAGGAAAGCAAGAAUGAAGGGACUCUUCCAUCUUCUGAUACCCAUUCAGAGGACGUAAAAUCUUCAUCUACUGGACCCAAUAGCGUAAAUCAGGCUAAGCUAGAUCCAGAAUGUGAUCUAUAUCAUGGAAAAUGGAUUUCUGAUCCGUCCGGACCAUUGUACAGAAAUGACUCCUGUCCUGUCCUGACACAGAUGCAGAACUGUCAAGGAAAUGGAAGGCCUGAUAAGGAUUAUGAGAACUGGCGAUGGAAACCAGCUCAGUGUGAACUGCCACGAUUUGAUCCAAAGAAGUUUUUGGAACUAAUGAGAGGAAAGACUUUAGCAUUCAUUGGUGACUCAGUUGCUCGCAACCAGAUGGAGUCUAUGCUGUGUAUCCUUUGGCAGUAUGAGGUUCCGAAAAAUCGUGGAAACAGAAGAAUGCAGCGGUACUAUUUCAGAUCCACAUCUACUAUGAUUGUUCGCAUUUGGUCUUCAUGGCUUGUCAACCAAACAUCUGGGCCUCUUGAUUUCGCUCCAGCAGGUGUAGUUAAGCUCCACCUUGAUGUUCCUGAUGAUGGGUUCAUGCAAUACAUCCCCCAGUUUGAUGUCGUUGUGCUCUCCUCCGGCCACUGGUUUGCAAAGCAAUCUGUUUAUGUUCUGAAUAAUGAGAUUGUUGGAGGACAAUUGUGGUGGCCAGACAAGUCUAGAAAGAUGAAGGUCAAUAAUGUUGAAGCUUUUGGAAUCUCUGUUGAAACCAUCCUGACUGCCAUGGCAAAACAUCCGAAUUUCAGUGGUGUCACCAUUGUCCGUUCCUUUUCACCUGAUCAUUACGAGGGCGGAGCAUGGAACACGGGAGGAUCAUGUACUGGAAAAGUGAAGCCUGCAGAGGAUGGUGAGCUGGCUGAAAAUGGCUUCACAAACAUAAUGCACGAAAAGCAAUUCUCGGGUUACACUCGUGCAAUCAAGAAGAAAAACAACAAGUCCGCGUUACUAUUUAUGGAUAUCACAGGAGUCUUUGCAUAUCGCCAUGAUGGACAUCCUGGUCCUUACAGAAGCCCCGACCCAAACAAAAUCACAAAACGAGGUCCUGAUGGUAAACCCCCUCCACAAGACUGCUUGCAUUGGUGCAUGCCAGGUCCUGUUGAUACAUGGAAUGAGCUGGUAUUUGAUCUUGUAAGGAGAGAAUUCGAGAGAAGACAGAGCAAUGCUUCAUGAGAAAGAUCAUCGUUGCGAUAACCCAUUUUCGUGCUUCUACAGCACAGCUACCGGAAGAACAUUUAUCUCUCUGGAAAAAAGGAGUUCAGCUUGUAGUUACUUUAGAUCUCUUAUUGUAGCUGGUGUUGUAAUCUAUGUUUAGAUAUUCACAUUCCACAGUAAGAUAAAAAGUAUAUGAAUUUGAUUUUCUCAGGUCUCAAGUA